AUAUUUAUUUUAUCCGCAAUCGAGAUUCGCUAUCGAUCGGAACGAAAUGGUGAGAAAAUCGAUAUCCUCUUAUCGACAGCGCACAGUCGAAUUCUGGCGAAUGACUUCGCCCUUUCGGGAAACAGUCAAGCGUUGAAGAAAAAUGGGUCAAAACCAAUCUGGUAGUGGUGGUAGUGGAGGGGAUAAAAAGGAUGACAAGGAUAAGAAGAAGAAAUACGAACCACCAAUUCCCACGAGAGUGGGUAAAAAAAAGAGACGUACUAAAGGACCAGAUGCAGCUCUGAAACUGCCUCAAGUAACUCCUCACACACGUUGUAGACUGAAACUAUUGAAGCUGGAACGCAUAAAAGAUUAUCUAUUGAUGGAGGAAGAAUUCAUCAGGAAUCAGGAACGCUUAAAGCCACAAGAAGAAAAAAACGAAGAGGAAAGAUCGAAAGUGGAUGAUCUUCGUGGAACACCAAUGUCUGUUGGAACAUUGGAAGAAAUAAUAGAUGACAAUCAUGCAAUAGUAUCCACUUCAGUUGGUUCUGAGCAUUAUGUGUCCAUCUUGUCAUUUGUGGAUAAAGAUCAAUUGGAACCUGGUUGUUCUGUGUUACUGAAUCAUAAAGUUCAUGCUGUUGUUGGUGUGUUAGGAGAUGAUACAGAUCCUAUGGUUACAGUAAUGAAGCUUGAAAAGGCUCCUCAGGAGACCUACACUGAUAUUGGAGGUCUUGAUACUCAAAUUCAAGAGAUUAAAGAAUCUGUAGAAUUACCAUUAACCCAUCCAGAAUAUUAUGAGGAAAUGGGUAUUAAGCCUCCAAAGGGUGUGAUACUUUAUGGACCACCUGGAACAGGAAAGACACUGCUUGCCAAGGCUGUAGCUAAUCAAACAUCAGCUACAUUUUUGAGAGUUGUUGGUUCUGAACUUAUACAAAAAUAUCUAGGUGAUGGCCCAAAACUUGUGAGAGAACUCUUCCGAGUUGCUGAAGAGCAUGCUCCCUCUAUUGUCUUUAUAGAUGAGAUAGAUGCUGUAGGAACAAAGAGAUAUGAUAGUAAUAGUGGUGGCGAAAGAGAGAUUCAGAGAACUAUGUUGGAAUUGCUUAAUCAACUUGAUGGUUUUGAUAGCAGAGGCGAUGUGAAAGUGGUUAUGGCAACUAAUAGAAUAGAGACCUUAGAUCCUGCUUUAAUCAGACCCGGUCGUAUCGAUAGAAAAAUAGAAUUCCCUCUACCAGAUGAAAAGACCAAAAGACGAAUCUUCAAUAUUCACACGAGCAGAAUGACUUUGGCACCUGAUGUCAAUCUUGCAGAGUUAAUCAUGGCAAAAGAUGACUCUGGUGCAGAUAUCAAGGCAAUAUGUACCGAAGCUGGUUUAAUGGCUCUACGUGAACGUCGUAUGAAAGUUACUAGCGACGAUUUCAAGAAGUCUAAAGAAAGUGUACUGUAUCGAAAGAAAGAAGGUUCUCCUGAAGGAUUAUAUUUAUAAAAACAUUCGUUAUUAAUGGUUUUCUGUAUGAUUGAGUCCAUAAUUACUCAAACUUCUAAAUAAAAAUUUAUAUAGGGAAAUUAA